AUGCUGCAACACAUUUGGAUCCGUUUGAAGGCUACAGUGUAUGGACUGAAGUGGUCCAUCUUUAAGAGUAAAGGGUUUAAUGAGUACUCACAGUAUGAUGUUAAUAACAUUGUACUCACCUUUGGAAGGAAGGAGCUCAAUGAUGAUGACUGUCUAUUGACAGACUGUGGAAUUAAAAAUGGCUGUGUUGUACAAUUUGCAGUUAAACUAAGAGGGGCAGGUGGACCAACCAUAAUAGUGUUCGAUGAGGAUUCACUAGACCCUGAAUUUGAUCAUGACUUCACAAACGAAUGUGACACAGGAAGAGUUUACUACCGAGGUCAGAGUCAAGGGUUCUUGGGUUUAUUUAAACAUGAUUACCACUACAAGCGUCCUUAUGGUUGGAAUAGAAUAGCUCUCAAAGUUAAGGGAAAGUAUCCACCAGACGAUACCUGGCUGGGUACACUGGUAGCUGGGUCUGAGAGAACUGAAAGUUCAAAAGGUGAAUGGCCAGUCUCUUAUCAUGGAACAGGAAGAGAAGGAGCACAAUGUAUUGCAGUUGAAGGAUACGACAGCAAACGAUGGAGGAAGGAACCAUGCUAUCAUGGUCAAGGCCAUUAUUCUACUCCAGAUAUUGAAGUAGCUGCCAAAUAUUACACAAAGCCAUUUGAUCAAAAUGGUAAAAAAUAUGAGGCUGUCAUGCAGAACAGAGUUAAUCUCAGUCCUGGAAACACUAUCAUAAUACCAAAGGAGAAGACACAUGCUGGAGCAGAGUAUUAUGUGACAUAUUCUUCUGAUGACCUGCGACCAUAUGGGAUAUGUAUCAGGGAAGUUAAAGAGGAUAGUAGUGACUAA